AAGCUAUAGCACUUUCUCAGUCAAAGGCUUCUGUUAAUGUUUACGCAACAUUGGUCCAAGGUGUGGUUUAAGAGGAAGAAGCAUUCCUGCCAACUAUUAUACGUUUGAGAGACCUGAAAUAUGAGUUUGAUGAAUAGAAUGGAGUUUUUCUGGUUGACGAACCAUAGGUGGAGUUGUUUUCACUCCCAACUUGUAGAGGCUGGAGAUAGGAGCCUCUAUCCAUUGCAGAGCAUAAGGAAGCUGUCACAUUUUGUUAUUACCUAUCUGCAGCAAUAGGUGGCAGCAUACACUUGCUGAGUUUUUCUGCAAGGCAAUGAUGACAAUUACAAUUUCCCCAUGCUUAGUGUGUCAUGUAGCCAUAGUGGAAUGAGAGUAGUCACAGUAACUGCAGCCACAGAGCAGAUGGGACAGGAGAUGAGCUCUGAGCCUUUGACUCGCUCUGAGGUGUUUGGACAGCUCAGGAGGGACCUCUAUGGAGAGGAGCAGUCCACUCAUUCCAACACACACAUAUUCAUUAUCCUGGGAGCCUCUGGGGAUCUUGCUAAAAAGAAGAUCUAUCCAACUUUAUGGUGGUUAUUCAGAGAUGGCCUGCUCCCGGAUGACACCUACUUUGUGGGUUUUGCCCGGUCUAAGUUGACUGUUGAGGGCAUCAAGACAGCAUGUCUGCCUCAUAUGAAGGUCACAGAUGAAGAGAGUGAGAGUCUCUCAGCCUUCUUCAACAAGAACUCCUACCUGAGCGGCAGGUAUGACGAUGAAAGUUCUUUCGCCCAACUCGACUCUCAUCUGUCAUCUCUUCCUGGGGGAUCCAGCGCCAACAGACUAUUCUACCUGGCUCUGCCCCCAACGGUGUACAAACAUGUCAGCACAAAUAUAAGAACCCACUGCAUGAGCUCCAGAGGCUGGAGCAGGGUGAUUGUUGAGAAGCCCUUUGGACGUGACCUCCAGAGCUCACAGGAGCUGUCAGCACACCUCUCCUCCCUGUUCUCAGAGGACCAGAUCUACCGCAUAGACCACUACCUGGGCAAAGAGAUGGUCCAGAACCUCAUGGUGCUCAGGUUUGGAAAUCGCAUCUUUGGACCGAUAUGGAACAGGAACAGUGUGGCCUGUGUGGUCCUCACCUUCAAGGAGCCUUUUGGCACUCAGGGCCGCGGAGGAUACUUUGAUGACUUUGGUAUCAUUAGAGAUGUCAUGCAGAACCAUCUCCUUCAGAUGCUCUGUUUGGUCGCCAUGGAGAAACCUGCUUCCACCAGCCCUGACGACGUGAGGGACGAGAAGGUGAAGGUGUUGAAGUGUAUAGCUGCUGUUGCUGGAUCAGAGGUGGUGCUCGGCCAGUACUUGGGCAACCCUGAGGGGGAGGGUCAGUCCAAACUGGGUUACCUUGACGAUCCCACUGUGCCAGCAGGGUCCUGCACGCCCACUUUUGCCACAGCGGUGCUUUAUGUUCAGAACGAACGAUGGGAUGGUGUUCCUUUCAUCCUCCGCUGCGGUAAAGCUCUGAACGAGAGGAAGGCAGAGGUGCGUCUGCAGUUCACUGACGUGCCAGGAGACAUCUUUGGCGAGCACUGUAAGAGGAACGAGCUGGUGGUGCGGGUGCAGCCAGACGAGGCCAUUUACCUGAAGAUGAUGACCAAGAGGCCGGGGGUUUACUUCAGCCCAGAGGAGACUGAGCUGGACCUCACCUACAGGAGCAGAUACAAGAACGUGAAGCUCCCGGAUGCUUAUGAGAGGCUGAUCCUGGAUGUCUUCUGUGGAAAUCAGAUGCACUUUGUCCGCAGUGAUGAGUUGCGGGAGGCCUGGAGGAUCUUCACCCCCCUCCUCCACCAAAUAGAGGGAGAGAAGAAACCACCCAUCCCUUACACAUAUGGAAGUCGUGGUCCAAACGAGGCAGAUGACCUGUUGAAGAGGGUGGGAUUUCGCUAUGAGGGAACAUACAAGUGGGUGCAGCCCCACACAACAUGAUGCCUUCUGUCACACACGCAAGUGCACAGCCAUUCAUGAACAACACUAUCACCAUUGUAGGCAAGUUUACAAACAAUAAAGGUCAUUGCAUUCUC